AUGCGAACCAAAUUAACAGGAGAUAUACACGCAGGAGAAUUUUCUACAUUACUCUUAAAUAUUGGUAGUGGAACUGUAAAUGAUAAGGAUGUGUACAUAACAAUUGUAAAAAAACUAGCAGUAUCGACAAAUUCGUUGGAACAACUCAUACAAAGUGUGUUCCAAGAUAUUGGGAAUUUGAAAAAUCUGAAUAGUGAAUGUGAAGAAUCGGUACAUGUUCCUACAGAGUUCUUAAAUUCACAAACACCAUCUGGUAUGCCUCCUCAUAAAAUAUCACUGAAGGUGGGGAUUCCAAUCAUAUUAUUGAGAAAUUUGAAUUCUCCUAGAUUAUGUAACGGGACUAAGCUUCGUGUCACCUCUCUUACAAAAAAUGUAAUCGAAGCUAAAAUUUUGACCAGAUGUGCUAAGGGAGAAAAAAUAUUUUUACCGAAAAUACCAUUAUACCCCAACGAUUUUCCAGUUAAGUUUAGAAGAGUUCAGUUUCCAAUAAAAGUCUGUUUUGCAAUGACAAGAAACAAAGCUCAAGGUCAGACUUUAAUUUAUUGUGGUGUAGAUUUAGAAAAUAACUGUUUCUCACACGGACAAUUGUAUGUGGUAUUUUCUAGAGUUGGAAGACCUGACCAUUUGUACGUUUAUGCACCACAAAAUAAAACUCUAAAUAUGGUAUACCAAGAGGUUUUGACUUAA